AUGGUGAAGUAUUUUACUCCGACCGAGGUCUCUUUACAUAAUUCAAGGACCGAUAUAUGGGUCUCAUAUCUCGAUGAUGACUUAAUUAAGCCAAUUUUGGCUGCUGCUGGAACCGAUAUAUCCCAUUGGUUUGACCCCAAGACGGGCGAUCUUAAAACCCACAUUGACCCGAUAACUCUUACUCGUGUUCCUUACACUCCUCAUGGACGUUUCCUUCAUGUUCCGCCACCUUAUCCGACAUCAGAUUGGCCGAAUGAUUUCGUUGUGCCGUGGUGGAAGGAUAAAAGAUACCAGAUUGGCAAAUUAACUAAGAAGGCUCGUACCAUAAAAAUUACCAAUGCUCUCACGAGGAUUGAAGAUAUAAUUGAAGUUUGUUCCGAAGAAACCAUGUUGGCCAUUCUGGAUCGCUACUUGCAAUGCAACGCUCACGCAGCAUCUUACACUUGGAAAUAUGCCAAUGAGGUUCUUGAUUUGGACAAAACUCUGGAAGAAAACGGAAUAUCUGAUCAAGACGAUAUGUUAGAGGAACUUCUUUUAAAUGUGGACGACUUUAUUCCAGAGAUACUUCUCUACUAUAAUGAUGACCUCACAGAAGCCUAA